CCUCCAGGGGGACGACUCGCGCCGGGUGCUCGCGUGGGUCUGCGCCCGCCUCCGCCCGGGCAACGCCCUCUCCGCCACCGACCUGGAGCUGUACGGACCCCCUGAUUCCCGCCGAAACGCUCGCGCUACCGUUAAUCCUGUGAUCGCAGUCGGACGCGCGGUGCUGGGGGGCGUUCGUUGCGAAUUAGACUAGUCUGGGGACUGAAUCGGCGGAGACGAGGUUUCGAGUUUUGGAUGUGCUAUGCGGGAGGGAGUUGUCUGUGAAACUUGCGGGGAGAGAAGGGUUUGCAUGAGAAAACUCACACACUUGCACACCGGCAUAUGCAUGCUUUGAGAACUGUGUAUGAUUAAGCUGAAGAGGAUUUGUAUAAAAGGGAUUGCUGGAACUUUUUCAUAGUGAAGUAUAAUUGCUAAGAUAUGAUGAUAUAACUGAUAAUGAGCAUAGUUGUGUAUGAAAUUCUGAAUGAAAGCACCUUUGUUUUUUGGCCAUAUUUCUUUACUUUUGCUCUGGAGUUGUUCCAUAAUGUGUAAUGGCUCUCAGGCUUAUACUGGUGCAACCAUUGCAUGAAUCGCAGGUAUGAGCAGCUUGAAAUGGAAGGGAAGCUAUUGGAGGGGGAGGACUUGGAUUUUGCUUUCGACAGUAUUUCUGCCUUCUCAGAUAAUGGGGAGAACCAGGAUUACACUUUUUUGUCGGAAGAAAGUCUUGAAGACAUCCGCGACUCAAAGCUUGCUCUUAGAGCUGAAGUUUCUGAUUUGGAAAAGCAGCUUGCUUCUCUGGAAUGGAAGCUUGAUUUACUUACAGCACAAGCUACCACCAUUACCCAGGGAAAGAAGUACCGCUCAUCUGCUAAAACUAGAGCUAACGGACAGCUUACUGGCUUAGAUGAGAAAUUCGCUAAGAGAAGUCUAGAGAUGAAUGCAGUUCUUGGAAAACUGGCUGCAACCACCCAGGAGUUGUCUUAUUACCAUUCAGAAGCUGAUAUUGGAGUCUACCUGUCAUACUGUGACUUCCAGUCUUAUGUGAGAAGUAACCUGGCUUGCACGAAGGGACUAAGCAGAUGGUUCUCUAAGAAAUUUAAGAAGGGACCACUCCAGCUUGUUGCCAAAGAUGACAAACCAAGAGGAGAUUUUGUGAACUCUCACCAUUCUGUUGUCGAACUGAACCGAAUUAACUCCAUAUUCGCUAAAAGUAAGAGACGGUACAUAGAAGCACAAGUAGAAUAUGCAAAAGAGGAGGCUAUAGUAUCAAUGCUGAGAAUUCAAUUGGCAUCUCAACAGUCAUAUAUUCAUCAGGAUAGUCAUUCUCUAAGGAGGAAAAGCUCUGAACUUUCUGAAGAACUUAAAGAUCUUUCCCUUCAUGUGCAAAAAUGCUUAUCUGAGACUAUUACAGGCCUGUGCGCGGAUCUUGCUGAACUUGCAGGUGCUAAUAUUUUGGAAGGAGAUCACAAUUUGAAGCUUUUGCGCCAGGAAUGCUACAUCAGCCAUCAGAAGAAGUUCAUCAAUCAUCUGGUCAAUCAGCUUGCUGCUCAUCGGUUUCUGAAGAUAAGUUGCCAGCUUGAAAAACGAGCAAAAAUAUCGAGCGCUUAUUCAUUAUUGAAAGCUAUAGAAUUGGAACUGCAGAGCUACUUAUCAGCUGUCGAUGUCCGCCUGGAUAAAUAUCAUUCAAUUAAUCAAGCUGCAUCUGAAAUGUUUGAAGAAGGAUCUGUUGAUGACCACGAUUCUUUUCUUCAUGCUGUGAGGGAUAUUCUUAGCAGUCACUCAAAUUCUCAAGCAAUGACACCAACAUACGUUUCAUCAUAUGGUUUGGUCGAGCAGAUAUCAGAGCUGCAAGAUGAGCUCCAGUACCUUCAGCAUGAGGCUGAAAUCGUUCUUCCCCGUGAGCGAGGAAGAUGCACUGACGAAUUAUGCAGGAUGAUCCAAACACUUGAGCAAACUCUCGGCGUGCCCCUUUCAGAUGGGCAACCAAAACUGACACCAUGGCCACUGGCUCAGUCGCUUGAAGAACUGGAAAUGGUCAGCCAACAGGUCUAUUCCUCUGUUAGUGAAGUGACACUGGCUCGGGACGAAAAGGUCGAGAACUUAAAGCAGCCUUCACGCAACGCGCAGCAGGAAAGACAGGUGUUCGUCGAUUUCUUCUGCCGCCCAGGACGACUCGAGACCGAAGUGAAAGAGCUUUUUUCCCGUGUUAGAGCUCUAUCUGAGUAGUUAAGGUGUGUCCGAAUAUUUUUUUACCCCACUCUGAUUCCCAAACCAGCAUCGUCUUAGUCGUUUUUUUUCCUCCCCCCAGGGUUGGGCGACUGUAGGUGCUGUCGUCUGCAAGACUGCAAAUGUACAUUCCUCAGUGUCCUCAAAACAUCCUCUUUCCUCUGUUGCACCUUUGCAAAUAAUACACGCAGCAGAGUUUUACGAGGAAAAAGAAAAACGAACUUUCUCACUGUCUGCCACUCUCUCUUCAAGGCGAACUUUCUUUUUAUAUUUUCGUUACUUUGAGAGUUUAUGUAGUGACUCUAGUUUUCGCUGUGGACCCUGUUACAACAGUGAAAGAGAAUAGCGGAUACAUAAUAGUCUACUUCCUCUCCCUCUGUUUCAAACUAUAAUACAUAUGUACCUAUAUGUAAGAUUUAUAUCAAAGGAUGGGGGAGUAGGUUCAAGCUUACUCGUGUUCACCC